UAAGCAUAAAAUGCAACCCGUUCUUGAAAAUGUCAUCAUUUAAGUUUCGGACAAGCGUUAUUGAAAUGUUGCUGCCACUACUUUGGUUGGCCGCCUGUUUGAAUUUUGCGGUCGGUUACGUGCAGGAGAUAACACUCUACACGGAACCUAACCAGGAAGGGAAUGCGUUUCGAUUCCGUACAAAAGAGCCAGACCUCUCGCCACAUUACUCGGUCCUGUUGGGAGAAGUGAAAUCACAUUGCUAUAUGGGAUUUUGGCGAGCAUUUGAGCAAAGAAAUUACACUAGUUCAUUUACGUUUGGCGGCGGUAUCGCAAAUGCCCAACCCCGGUGCGGGAAUAUUGCAUUGGCAACCACAUUAUCUUUGAGGUAUAUGGGACCCCUGGAAACAACAACACCGUCCGUUUCAAUAUACAGUGGACCUACUCCUGGUGCUCAGCUGGAUGGGAUCGAGCUUACUUAUACAUCCUUGGCAGCGACAAACUUUGGAUUUAUUCCUACCAAUUUGGUUCUCACAGGUAGAUCGAGCUGGACAGGCUUUGUGAAUGACGAUUUUACUGGAAAUUCGACAUGUUUCUCAACCACAGAACUUAUACGAUACACAAAUUUAGCAGGAAAGGAAAUAAGGUCUCUAAUCCAAGGAUGUAACGCACGAUACAAUAGCGAAUACUAUGAUAUCGAUAAGUUUUCUGGACAAAAUAUGUUGAACGAAUGAAACUCAUUUGUUGAUAGCUAGUAUUGUUUAAGACAUAUGUAUGCAUUCAAUGAAAAUCAUGAGUAAAUAAAAUCCGGCAUGUUAAUAA